CCGGGCGGAAGGAGAAGUCGUACAGAGUGGUACUCGCGGGAAAAAUGGCGGAAAUGUGUGGUUACCUCUGUUUCCUCACGUUAUCAACAACAAGUGAAAUGUUUGUCCUGUGAGCGUGGGAUCGAGUUCAUCUGCACGCGUGCUGGACAGUUCAGAUUUUGCAUGUAAAUCUCAAGAGAAGAAUGCAACAUGCAAAACGAUUCAGUGCGAUUUUCCACCUCUGGCCUCGUCAAUCAAAGCAACAGUCCAGUGUCUCCUUCAAAGUUGUUCCAGUGUUGCCACUGCCCUCUCAUCCUCAAAUCCAAGGUUUACCUGUUCGAUCACCUCAACAAGGUCCACGGCUUGGACGUUGAUGCUGCUCUCAAAAAUUCAGGUUUAAAAUCCAGCAAUUUCACCAUUUCUGGAAGUAACUUGAAAUGCCAACACUGUGAUUUUGUAGCGUGUAGUGCGGAUGUUGUAAAUGAUCACCUGAGGAAAUGUCAGAAGAAAUCAGAGGUGCCCAAUAUUUUGGGAUCCCACACCAGUGAUGAAAAAUUGUGCACUAAAAUAACGGACGAGUCAGCGAAUGAGGAACAUGCAAAGACAAAGAAUUCCUCAGGUGUAUCACCCCUAUCAAAGCAUAAAUCCACAUCUAAUUCAUCAAAACAUUUAAAAGUAUACACUAAGCCAAUGCAAACCAUAACAAAGUUCUUUGUGACGACAUCUAAAUCCACCAGGAAGUCCGCUAACACUGACGACACCAAGUCAACACUGAUUCUGCAAGAGAAGUCCUCAAGCUCCAACCCAAGCAGUAAUGGUGUGUUGCAGGUCAAUGCAAAGUCUUCGAUUGACAUAAACACAGUUUCUCCUCACAGCUCUUUGCAAAAUGAUUCGCUUUGGACUGCUACACUCAACAAACCAAAGACUAAGAAAGAAUCUGAAGAAGAGCUGCCUAACAGUGUUGGCAAGAGGACCAGUAGUGACGCUUCAGGAGGUGGUUCUGUUAAAAAAGCUAAACUUACCACAGAGGAUACAACUCUUACACACAACGAAGAUACAAGUGAGAGCAAAACAUGCAACAGCCGCGACUUUUCAUUUGAACUAAGCGAAGAUGAAAGUGAAAAGAAGGGAAAUCCUGCUAAUGCGGACUCAACGGUUCAUUUUUGUAAGCACUGUGACUACAGUGAUGUGGGCAUCAGAGGCAUGUCAAACCAUUAUAAGAGCAACCACCCCUACGUCAGAUACAAUUCCAUAUACAUUCAGGACCCCAGUGAUGAGAGUGCUAUGUUCCGGUGCAUGGAGUGUCCAGUGGAGUUUCUUAGCACAACUCUCCUCAAGAGGCACUACAAGGAGAAGCAUCCAGAUGCCCCAAACGUAUUUACAAAAAAGACAAGUGAGCUGAAUUUGGCAUUCAAAUGUUUUCUCUGCAAAUUUACCACCAGUGCAUUAAAAAAUCUGAAAGAACAUCACGACAGAAAGCACCCAAAUCACGUAGUGGGCAAUUCCCUGUCCUACUGCCGAUAUACUGUGACAGGAUGCACAGAGAUGUCAUCUCAGCUGAGUAAACAAAAAAAACCCAAGGCAGAAAAACUGUCCCCUCAGAAUGGCUCCUCGUCACAUUUAAAAGUCAAAAGUACACCUUUAUCUCAGCAACCCACCUCCAAAGGAAAGGGCGUCUUCUUGUUCAAAUGCAACAACUGCACCUUUAGUCACAAGUCAGUGGUUGUCAUGCAUGUUCACUAUGAAAAAAGCCACCCCGAAAAAGACAUGACUAUUGAUAAAAUCAAACAACUGGCUCGUUUUACACCACAGGCAACACAGCCGAUGCAUGAAAAGUCUGCAAACUCCGAGACGGCUUUAGAAGAGUCCACACCUUUUAGGAGUCCCUCAAAUCCCUCAAAGAAACACAAAACUGAGCUGUCAUCUCAAAAGCACAUCAGAUUGUCAUUCAACACUUGUCAGAGAAAGUCAAAGUCUCCAGGUGAUGACAUGGGGAAAUCUUUGAAGAAGAAGAAUCAGUCUAUCAAGCAAGACAGUAAAAUCACUCUAGAUGAACACAAUUUGCCUUCCCAAAGUAUUCAGACUUUUUACUGCCCUAUCUGCCCCUACGAAAGUAACAAUUUGAAAAGUGUUGUUGGCCAUCAAAAUGCAAAACAUUUCAGGGAUGCAGUUGCCAGUUCUGAUGCUAUCUGUGAGUACAGCGCUGAGAUGCAGAAAAAGAAAGCUCAAAGUAAAGCCGAGACGUCAGAAAUCAUUCCAUCCCCCCGUUCUGAAACUGACGAACAGGUUGUGGGAUGGUGUGAAGCAGAUGACACUGCAGCUGCUAACCAGUUCGAGGAUCAUGCUUAUGCAGAUCCAGAAAAAUUGUUCUAUUGCUCACAGUGCAACUAUGCAAAUCCUUUGGUGAAAGGAAUCCUGAAUCAUCAGGUCAGAUUGCAUGUGGGGUGCGUUACGACCAUGGAAAGCAUCAUCCAAUAUACAGCGUUGGUUCGCAAGGAAAUUCAGAGAACAAAAUCUCAACCAAAGGAGCUCCCCUUUUCUACCCAGCUACCUUUUCCGCUCAUCCGUAAAAGCGACAGAUAUAAGUUGUUUUGCCACUUAUGCAACUACAGACAUGUUGGUAUGACCCAAGUCAUCAGACAUUACAGCAAAGUGCAUCGAGGAUACGGGAAUCGUACCCAGGUCAAAAUGUACACGUCUAUGGUUCUCAGACAGGCAGGAAAAUCCUUUGUGAAAGCAACAGUACACAAAGAAAUCAGUGAGGGAUCUCUGAAGAAAGCCAGAAUGGAAAAAGAAGCCAAACUUCCCAAGACCUCAUCAGGUAAAUCUCCACCGCAGAGAAUGCUGUCGUGUUCUAAGUGUUCAUACAGUGCACAGUAUGUCUAUCUUUUGAGGAGGCACUUAGCUAAAGCUCACGAUGAAAAGCAUCUGGUUUCAGAGAUCUUGAAUAUGUGUUUUAAACGGGGAGCAUUACAGUCAGGCUAUCACUGCGAGCUCUGUCUUUUCACUCACGAAAAUGGACCGGUCCUCUUUAAGCACUACCGUGAACAACACCCGGAUCGAAAGUUAAGCCUCAACUACGUGUUGACUCAGUUACGCAUCGGUCCUCCGACGUCAGCCCGCGAAAACAAGAAACCUGAAGUGGCGAACACCGACGUCACCAGUGAUGCUGACAGUGAUGGCAGUUCACCAUCAGAACAAACUGAGACAAAGACAUUUCCCUGUAGCGAAUGUUCUUUUCAAGGUAGUUCAUUGUCAAGUGUCAUCCAACAUUUCCGUAUGGAUCAUCCCUGGACUGACAGACGCAGCCAGGCGGAAGUCAGUGAAGCACAUCCGCCAUUUGAUUCUUUUCAAGAACCACUUGAUUGUGAAAGAUUGAUUGAUGAAGGCGAAGAAGAGGAUGAAGAAGAAGGAGAAGGAGAAGGAUCGUCUUCCAGGGUGUUCAAAUGCCCUUUUUGCCCCGCGGUGCUCAACACUCACCAUGGCCUCAACACCCACUGUGGAUUGAAACACCAGAAAGAUUUGAAUAAUGCUGUAGACUCAACAAAAAAAGUCAAAACACGCAUGCGUGUGUUCAAAUGUCAGCACUGUGCGUACGUCAACACAAUGCACCAAGGAGCCGUGUCGCACAUCCAGAGAAAGCAUUCUGACCAGACGGCCAGUCCAAGCAGUCUUCACGCGGAUUUGACAAAGUUGCAAAGCUUGGAUAUGUUAAAAAGACAUCCGAGUGGGAUGUUGAAAUUCAGUGCGUACAUGUGCAUGACCUGCUCUCUACUCUGUAGAACCGCGACGAGGCUAGAGAGGCAUGUGCAGGAGCACUGCGGGACCGCCGUGGACACUGCUCAGAGCAGCCUCAAAGCAGCUUCCAAGCCACCAAUCAAAUGUAAGAUACUGCUGCCUAAAGUCCAUGCCCAGAAAUUAAAAAUAUCAAAGGCCUUUUUAAGUAAGAAAGUGCAUUCGGUGGUAAGGUGCCAGCACUGCCCUUACAUCUGCACCACGAGUAUCAAACUGAAGCAACACGUGCGCGUUCAGCACAACAACAAGUAUGCCAUUUCAAACGGUUCCUUGCACCGGUGCGUCCUCUGUUCCAAAAAGUACUUCACGAGGAAAAAUCUGGCUGGUCACUAUGUCAUGAAACACGGGAAGGACGCUUACUUGACACACUUUGUUCCAGUCUACAUGCAACCAAAGCAGAAGCACUCUGAAUCGAGCACAUCGACAGAGGAAGGACAAUUACAGGUCUACAAGUGCCUGGUCUGUUCGUAUGUGAAUCUCAGCCCUCAUGGAACGCUCACCCACUGCCAGAUGAAGCAUCCCAAGGUCACCGUCAAGGCAGAUAUGCUUCAAACAGAUAAAAUCCCACUGAGUAGCAUGGGCAGUAGAAACGGGAAAUAUUCCAAACAGGGAGGGUACAGAUGUAAAAAAUGUCCACAGAUUUCUACUUCAUCAGCAAAAUAUAAACUCCACUGCCAGAAUCACUGCAGAGGAGCUUUGGAGCGUCCGGACAAACCUAAAAACGGGGCUCCUCUCAAGUUUCAGAGCUCAACGGCUUUGGGAGUUGAUAUAAAAGAUGAAAUGUCCCAAGUUGAAGUCGGCGCUCUGCAGAAUCCCCCCUCGAGCGCUUGUGAAACGAACUCACCAGAGUCUCAGGCAACGCAGACCAAGUCAAAAAUCUUCGCGUGCCACAUGUGCAGCUACAGAGGAUCAUACAGGAGAUACCUGUAUGCUCACUACAAACACUUUCACAAACUGGAAACGGACGUUGUCCUGAAGCUGCUCCAGAAGUACAACAAGCAAAAAAUGCUUGAGACCUCUGUAAAGUUUGAGUCACUGAAAUGCGAGGACUCGGAACCUGAGGAAGUCUCUCACGAUAAAUGUGUAAAGUGUCCAGACUUGAGGUUUGACACGCCUUCGCUGCUUCUUGAACACUACUGUGCUGUCCACCGCUCAGAUGUCAAAAUGGACUUCGAUGUGAUUUCAACUGGAGAGAAGAAGAAAAGCACAGGGCUUUACACAUGCAACCACUGCGUUAGACAGCUAAACGGCAUCAGAAAGCUCAGCAUUCACAUGAAUAACCACAGAAAAGUGAAGAAAGAGGAGGCAAAGAGACGGGCAUCUCUCCAGCAGUCUGCACCAGAUCCCAGUUCUGUUGAGCCUGGUGUGGAAAAUGAACUUCCUGGAUUAGAGUCUGUGGAGCAGUCAACACAGAAAAGCGCGACGCCAGUCCACUUGGCCGGUUUGCCGGCCAGUCCGGUCAAGUCUUCUUCAGGAGUGGACGACAUGAAGCAGUCGGAGAACAGGAACAAGAGACACGCCUGUAAGCAGUGCGGCCGCUCCUUCAUGUCCCCGAAGGUUCUGCUUUCGCAUGAGCGAAGUCAUUCCACCGUGGCGGCGAUCAAGAACUUUGGCAACCUGUUCAAAACGACGCUGGACAGCAGCUUUUCCAAAUACAUCAUCUACAAGUCAGGCCACACGAGGCCUUUUGCCUGCAGCAUCUGUACCUACAGAACCACCGUGCUGGGCCUGUGGUGGAGCCACUUUCAGAAAGCGCAUCGAGAUGUAAUUCUGGUCCAGAAUAAGGCCGUCCACAGUGUGGAGGCUGGCGAGGAGAGCGUUGAGACGAUGGACACGGAGCCUCCAGAGCUACUGAAGCAAACCGACAGCUGGACUGAUCCUGGUGACAAACCUGCAGCGGCCGAAAAUUCGCUGUACUUGGAGCAUCCGGACGUGAGGCGGCAGCUCAACCACUACAACCUGAUGGCACAGAGGAAGGCUGAAGCGCAGGAGCAGGAGUCCAGGCUGUGCACGGACAGCCUGCUCCGCUGUGAGCUGUGCAGCUUCAACACUGAGCACCUGUCCAGCAUCCGGCGGCACUACAUGAACCGCCACGGGAAGAAGAUGACCCGGUGUAAACAGUGCGACUUCUUCUCCGAGUCGAGAAAGGUGCUGGAGAUGCACGUGGCGAUGAGCCACUCAACCUGCCAGUCUGUACCGACUCACCAGAAGGACCUCUGCUGCCCGUUCUGCCUCUACCAGACCAAGAACAAGAACAACAUGAUCGACCACAUCGACCUGCACCGCGAUAACCGCGUCGCGCCGAUAGAAGUCCGCCGGCCGGAGCUCUCCCGUUACCUCCGCGGCGUCGUCUUCCGCUGUCACAAGUGCACCUUCAUGAGCGGCAGCGCCGAGAACCUGCGGCUGCACAUGGCGAGGCACGACGACGUCCGGCCCUACAAGUGCCGGCUCUGCUUCUUCGACUGCACUCAGCUGAGCGACCUGGAGGCACACCUGAGCGAUAAGCAUCAGGUCAUGAGAAAUCAUGAACUUGUGGGCCAGGUGAGCCUCGAUCAGCUCGAGGCGAGAUCCGGUCAAAGCGCCGACGCGGAAGACGGACCUCUGUCGAACUCGGAGCUCUGCAGCAAUCACAGCGGAGACGAGGAAAUGGAGGAUCUGCUCACAGACUGCGGUGACGUUCAGCAGGCUGGGAGCCGGAGUCAAGGUCAGGAGGGAGGCGGAGGAAGCCCUGUCGAGGAGAUUCUGUUGGACAUUCAUACUACUGAGCUGCAGAAACAUGAGCCGGACCCACAAGCCGGGAUCUCCUCCCCCAGAGGACAAAGUUCUGAGGAUAGAAACACAAGUCAGCUCUGUGUGAGUCCAGAGAGCGAAGAACGAGACCAGGCAGAACCCCACGGCAGUGAAGACGGGGAAACAGACGGGAGCUCGCCAGCAUACUCCAACACUGCCGACGGAGGCGAGAACGCCGAGGCUCAGAGGUCGCUGAACAUCGAGGCGAGCGUAGAGGACAACAUUCUGAGGAACAUCCUGGAUCUGGACAUGGACAGCAGCGGGUGUCGGACUCACAGGAAGUCCGAUCCGGAGAAAGCCGAGCCAGAUCCCCGUCUGGGUGAUGAACACUGCAGCGUCGCUCAGACCCUGAACUAUGCAGCCCCAGCUUUAGCAAAAAUGAACGAGACACCAGCAAAUGACAUCAGGGCUCGAAAGAGUCUGAACAGUAAAGCUCAAACAUCUCCGCCCAGUAUUUUACCCAAGCAGCCCAGCCUGAGCCUCGAGGAGAGUUUUCAGACUUCCGUGCUAGAAGAGGAGCAGAGUGGGAGGAAGAGCGACGAUGUGCCUGAUCCCUGCAGAGAAAUGCCAGUGCUGGAGAAUGAAUACCUCAAGGACAAGAUCCGCCUCCUGGAAUCCAGCGAGGGAGAGAAGGACAGCGAUCCUCUGCUGCUGGAGCAGGAAGGAGACGGCAAGAUGAGCGAUGAAGAAGACGCAAAGUCCUGCCAGGAGCCGGAGACGCCCGACGAUGAGCUCCAAGAUAAGACCAUGCCUGCAUACACCUGCGAGCUCUGCGGGAGGAAGCUGGCCAGCAGCUCCGAACUGAAGCUGCACGUCGUGCGUCACGGAAUGUGACGCUCCUCCCCGCCGAGGCGACUCUCCUGUGAAGCCCUGAAGACCGUCCACUGUCUUUCAACUGUUACUGGUUACUGUGACUGACCAAGUGUUCUUGUUUUGUAGUUUUUAAUAUUUUGUAAUAAAAUCUCUUUACUAUUAUGUUCAAAGGAGGAUAUUUAGGUUUGUUUUUUUUUCUGAGGGUUAAGUUCCACCUAUAGAGGUUUUGUUUUGGUUUUCUUUCUGAGUUAUUACUGUAAAAUUAGUCGUUAAACUUCGACCUGUUUUAUAUUCACCUUAAAUGAUUAUUGAAUGUAAAGAUGUGAACAAACCUCAACAUAUGGAAACUGCUGCGUUCAGGUGCUGCUUCAACAUGUAUUUUGCAGUUUCAAAACAGUACCGUUUACUUUGGUGCCACCUUUCCAUAAUGGAGUUUUUUGUUCAAUGUUUAAGCUAUGUUUUAAAGAAGUAAAGAAAUUAUGAUUU